AUGAGGUUUGGAAUACCUGAAAAUUUUGAUAUUGAAAUUGAUAGAACGGAAGUGGCCGUACCCAAUGCAUAUAUUAAUUUCAAGCACAAUGAUGAUAGUGCUAUAACUAAUACUAAAAGCAUAAUAUCGUACAUCGAAGAUAAAUAUAUUACAGAAAAAGAAGAUACAUUACCUCAAUUUCGAUGCUUCCGAAACAUGAUUCACCAGUAUUCUCAAGUAUUGCAGGAUCGGUUAAUCGAGGAUGAGAACAAGGUAUCCAACGCAGCUAAGAGUUCGUUUGUGCAAAAUAAAACAUCGGCCGAUGCGGCUAUUAAUGCGAUAAUAUAUGACUUUGACAGGUCAUUGAAGUUGCAAUCAUCAGAAGUGGAGCAGGUGAUUAAACAAGAGGAAGAACGCCAACGGGUGGAGCAGGAACGUAAAGAGAGAGAAGAACGAGAACGGAAACGUAGGGAAGAAGAGGAGCGGAAACGCAAAGAGGAAGAAGAUCGUAGGAAGAAAGAAGAAGAAGAACGCAUACGAAAGGAAAAUGAAGAGAAAAAGCGCAUAGAACAAGAAGAAGAACAAAAAAGAAAACAGAAGUUGCAGGAAAUGAAGCAAGAAAAGGAAAAACAAGAGAAAGUAGCUCUUGAACGAAAGGCUAAACAAGAAAAAGGUUUAACUAAUUUUGCUUCUGUUGAAAAUGAUUUCCAGAAGUAUGCAAAGGACAUUAAGGAUAUAAAGCAGAACGUGGUACAUGCGCUAAAUCAAAAUAAGGAAUUGAAGAAAGCCAUUGGGGCAUUGAAGAGAAAAAUUAAUCCAAAAUUUGGACAAUUAUCGAAUAGUUUCAACCAAUUGAAUACAAUCUCCUCAGAGGUGAUUCAAUAUGUUAAUGACGCUAAAAAUAUGAAUGAAUUAGCAUUCAACUGGAUUCUAAACUUUAUAGCUAAGGCUAUAAUAGCUCAAGCAGAAACUGAAGUAACUGUUAAGCCUACUGCAUCAUUACCAUUAGCAAGAUUGGCAUACACCUUACUUUCGACAUAUAAAGAAUUUGAAUAUUAUUUAACUGCGCGGUUUGUUAAGAAAUGCCCAUUUAUCAUUGGAUAUACUUGUUCAAUUGAUUCCGAAGAAGGAAGAAUACGUAUGGGUUGGAAGAGGAAUGAUAACAGAUGGGAGGAUGAAGUUAAAUACGAUGAAAGAGUUGCUGGAAUAUGUACCGUAUGGGCAGUUAUGACAAGAUUAGAAGCUCAGUCUCUAACUGAGUAUUCCAUUGCAGCAUCCUGGAGAUAUUUAGCAAGAACAUUAAACACGGAUCCUAAUUUACUUACUAAUGCUCAUUUUGCAUGUAUGGGUAAUUGGUGGGACGCCUGUGCCAAGGAGUUUUUAAGCUGUUAUUCGAAACAGGCUUACAAGUUAUUGCAUCUAUUAAGUAUUGAAUGGACAAAUUCUGUUGCAAAUAAAAAGUUUCCAGCUGCAGCAAGACUUCUUAUAUUGGGUGAAGAAUGGCUACAGAACAAUACUAUUGAAUCAAUUAAGCAAAUGGAACCAUAG